ACUUGCAGCGGGCCGAAUUCCGUGAAGUUAAGUGUCAACGACCCGUUUUGUUUUCACUGAUAAAAAAAAGCUGUUGUAAUUCCACUAUGAAGCGGGUUUUCACCCUUACUGAGAAGACCCACGGCUUAGGCCAGAUACUGUUUGCAUGGCAGACAACACUUGGCAACUACCUGGCCACAACAGGUCUGAACAACUCAGUCCAUUUGUAUGAUCGGCAUGGGGAACUCAAAGAUGAAAUCAGCCUCCCAGGCACAUGCACGGGCCUGGGCUGGGACAAGGACGGUGACACUCUGGCCAUGAUCUGUGACCGGAGCAGCGUGGUCUUCUUGUGGGAUGCCAACACCCACCGGACUGGCCAGGUGGACAGCGGCUUCAAGGACACACUGUGCUUCCUGCUGUGGUCCAAGGUUGGCCCGCAGCUGGCCAUCGGCACGAGCAAGGGCAACUUGCUUAUAUACAACCACCAGACGUCAAGGAAAGUGCCAAUACUUGGCAAGCACACCAAGAAAAUCCUGUGCGGUGCAUGGAGUGCUCAGAACUUGCUGGCCCUGGGCAGCGAGGACAAGAACAUCACCAUCAGUAAUGCAGAAGGGGAUACUGUCAAACAGACCGUGGUGAGGAUGGACCCAAGUGACUUGCAGUUCUCUGAAAUGAAGACGGAUGAGAGAACUUCCCAAGGGGAAACCACUGUGAGCGCCAGCGUUGGCAAGAAGACACUGUUCCUAUUCAACAUUGACGAUCCUGACAAUCCUAUAGAGCUAGCAUUCCAACAGAGAUAUGGGGCCAUCGUCGCCUACAAAUGGUACGGUGAUGGCUACAUCAUGCUAGGUUUCUCCAACGGCUACUUCAUCGUCAUCUCCACCCAUCUCAAGGAGAUUGGCCAGGAGCUCUUCCAAGCUCGCAACCACAAGGACUACCUGUCCUCCAUCGCUAUAUCACUGGCUCUCAACAAGGCUGCCUCCUGUGGAGAUAACUGUGUCAAGAUCCACGACCUGUCGGACUUGAAGGAGGUGUACUCCAUUGUGACCUUGGACGAAGAGACUAAAGGUCUGGGUCAGAUCGGCUGGACAGAUGACGGCCAACUCAUGGCAGUCAGUUCAUCCCGAGGCUCCUUGUACGUCUACCUGACCAAGCUACCAGUCCUGGGUGACUCCCAAGGCACCAGACUGGCCUUUCUGACCUCCCUGCUAGAGGUCACCGUGGUGAACCAAGUGGAGCAGCGACGAGUUGGUCGCCGGAAGGAACCCUCCAUCCCCAUCAACAUUGAAAUUGAGCCUACGUUUGUUGCUCUUGGACCCUACCAUUUAGCAGUGGGGAUGAACAACAGGGCCUGGUUCUACCUACUUGGAGAAAAAGAACCUGAGUUAUCCGAGCCAUCGGAAGAAUCAGAUGAAGAACGGCCGGAGAAGUUGAAGGAUAGAGAGUACUUAGGUACCAUCAUCAGCAUGUGUCUCAAUGCAGACUAUGCCGCUGUCUACUUUGAAAACAGUGUGCAGUUACAUCUGAUUGAAACAGAAGGAUCAGGCGACAAUGAGGAGAGAGAGACAAGAUUGUUUCCUGAGGAUGGGCAGGGAGGCAUCACUUGCCACGCCCUCACCUCUGACUUCCUCGUCUAUGGCACCACAAAUGGGGAGCUGAUGUUUUUCUACCUUGAGGACUGGCAGUUUGUGAAUGAAUUCAGGCACGAGGUGGGGAUCCGCAAGGUGUUCCCUGACCCCAGCGGCACCAGACUGAUUUUCAUUGAUGACAAGAGCGACGGCUUCGUCUACAACCCGGUCAACGACCAGAUCUUGGAGAUCCCUGACUUCUCACCUACAGUGAAGGGCGUCCUGUGGGAGAACUGGCCCUACGACAAGGGGGUCUUUGUAGCGUACGAUGAAGACAAGCUGUACACCUACCUGUAUUCCAGGGAAACAUUGAAGGAAGCGAUAGAGAAAUGCAUCAAGUUGAAACGCUUCAAAGAGGCCUGGAUGUUGUGCCAGUUAGCCAACAACAAGGACUUGUGGAGAGAACUGGCCAAGGCAGCUGUAAUGCACUUGGAAUUAGAGUUUGCUGUUCGGGUCUACCGUAACAUUGGAGAGGCAGGUAUGGUGUUGUCGCUGCAGAAAAUCAUGGGCAUCGAUGACCGCAAUCUCCUGUCGGGCCACCUGGCCAUGUUCCAGGGAGACUUCAACUUGGCUCAGGAUCUGUUCCUGGCGUCCAGCCGUCCCAUCACUGCUCUGGAGAUGAGGCGAGAUCUUCUCCAUUGGGAUCAGGCUCUCAAGCUGGCCAAGACGUUGUCACCAGCCCAGAUACCAUACAUCUCUAAGGAAUAUGCUCAGCAGCUGGAGUUCACUGGGGAUUAUGGAAAUGCCCUUGCGCACUAUGAAAAGGGUGUCACCAGGGACAAGGAGCAACGAGAGCAUGAUGAGGCGUGUGCAGCGGGCGUGGCUCGCAUGUCCCUGCGAGUGGGUGACAUAAGGCGGGGCGUUAGCAUGGCAACCAAGAUGCCCAGCCGCACGCUGAAGCGUGACUGCGCUGCCAUCCUGGAGAACAUGAAGCAGUACUCAGAGUCGGCGCUGCUGUAUGAGAAGGGACAGUACUACGACAAGGCUGCCUCGGUUUACAUACGCAGCAAAAACUGGGCCAAAGUUGGCGAGCUGUUGCCCAAUGUUACAUCUCCCAAAAUCCACAUCCAAUAUGCCAAAGCUAAAGAGGCAGAUGGUAGACAUAAGGACGCUGCCUUAGCCUACGAGAACGCGAAAGACUGGGACAAUGUUAUCAGAAUCCAGUUGGACUUCCUGCAUAAUCCAGAGGAAGCAGUACGUAUCGUGCGAGAGACAGGAUCGGUAGAAGGAGCCAAAAUGGUAGCCAGGUUUUUCCAAAAGCUGAACGACUUUGGUUCGGCCAUCCAGUUCCUUGUCAUGUCUAAGUGCAAUGAUGAAGCUUUCCAACUGGCUCAACAGCACAACCAGAUGGAGAUAUACGCCGACAUCAUUGAGAGUAACGAAGGUGAAGAUGCCACUCAGGAGGACUACCAGAGCAUAGCUCUGUACUUUGAGAAUGAGAAAAACCACCUGAUGGCUGGCAAGUUCUUCCUACUGUGUCAGCAGUAUGGCCGAGCCCUGAAGCACUUUCUACGCUGCCCUACCACCAAUGACGACAACCAGGCCGUGGAGAUGGCCAUUGAAACUGUUGGCCGCGCCAAAGACGACCAGCUGACCCACCAGCUGAUUGACUACUUGAUGGGCGAGACGGACGGCAUGCCCAAGGAUGCUAAAUACCUUUUCCGUCUCUACAUGGCCCUCAAGCAAUAUCGUGAAGCGGCCAGGACGGCUAUCAUCAUUGCCAGAGAGGAGCAGAUUGCUGGUAAUUAUCGCAAUGCUCACGACGUUCUCUUCAGCAUGUACCGGGAACUCAAGAGCCAGAAGAUUAAAAUCCCUACAGAGAUGGCCACCAACCUCAUGAUCCUUCACAGCUACAUACUGGUCAAGAUCCACGUGAAGCGAGGUGAUCACAAGAAGGGUGCCAGGAUGUUGAUCAGGGUAGCCAACAACAUCAGCAAGUUCCCUGCUCACAUUGUGCCCAUCUUAACCUCUACAGUCAUCGAGUGCCAUCGUUCUGGCUUGAAGAACUCCUCCUUCAGCUACGCGGCCAUGCUGAUGAGGCCAGAGUACCGCAACAAGAUUGACCUCAAGUACAAGAAGAAGAUUGAGGCCAUUGUCAGGAAACCAGACAAGUCAGAACAGGAGGAAGCCACGUCACCUUGCCCGUACUGCAAGUAUGGCCUGGAGAAUACAGAGUUGGUCUGCCCUGAGUGCAAGAAUAACAUCCCAUACUGCAUUGUCACUGGACAGCAUGUGGUGAGAGAUGACUUCUCUGCCUGUCCUCACUGCGACUUUCCGGCCUUACAUUCAGAGUUCACAAGUUUACUGGAUUCAGAGGACUCUUGUCCCAUGUGCUCAGAGCGUCUCAAGACCUCCCAGCUGCAAAAGAUUGAAGACCCUUCGCAGUACCUACGCCCGGAUGAGGGCUCAGAAGAUUAGGCAGCGGGAAAGGGGGGGGGGGCUAUGAUCUGACUUUCAGGAUUGGAAAAUUGGCGGCAGGUUUUGGCCAGAUCUGAAAACAUGAGGACUAGGAGUAUGAGAGUGCGACAGUUAAGAUUGGAAGGCUGGGUAGCAGUCUGGACAAGGUAGUUUCGCUGCAGCACACGGGACAAUGUGUUGUAAAGAUACGAGCCUAAGCAGGAAAGCAAGGGAAGAGUUUAGGCUUGUAAUGUGAGGAUAAGCAGUAACCAAGAGGAGACACCGUGAUGAAGAUGCCCUGGGUUAACCCAGAAUACGAGAAUUGUAUGACAAGGCCUGGAACUGACCAAAAAAAACAAGAACAAGGAAAAAUGCGGUCAAAUGACAGGCGAAUUACUGUUUGCGUCUUGAGUUGCUCCCACAAUUUUCAGUCGCUUCCAGCACCAUUGUUAAUGAAAGGCACUUUCCUUUGUCACCACUAAUAGCUUUCAGACACUUUUGUUGACGAGUUUCUUCUAAUUCUUUGUAGCUGGACUGUGUCAGAAACAGUCCUCGAAUAAAUUUGGCCAAUGAGAGUAACUUCCAUUUUGUAGAGUAAUAUGCAUUACAGUAAAUGCAUAUUUAUCGCAGUAAAUAAAGACAUCUGUGAAUCACAUCAGUGCAUGUACAUGUACAUGUGUCUACCCACAUGUAUAGUUUAAGCUAUGCAGUGGUACUCUGUUUAUCUCGAAUCACUAAUGUAUUCCCUGCCUUGCACCUGCAGUUGUAACAUAGGCCUGUGUAUACAGAGUUAAUGAUUUGUACAUAUUGUAAAUUCAAACACCUUGUCAUGUGAGUCUGUACAUAAAUUAUGCAAGGCUGUCUGGGUUCAACUUGUAAUAAAAUGUCCUUCAUUGUAUGUUUAA